AUGAACUUUAACCAGGAUAAUCUAAACAGUAUCAGCGCUCAGCUGCACGAAUUAUCGUUUGCGAAACCAGGCGCGGGGCUCCAGGGUUCACAGAGUUACCAUAGCUCCACGUCUCUGCUAGACUCGAUUGGGAUCCAGCGAGCCAAAUCACCGUACGCCGGGCAGGAGGGGGCCUUUGGAGGGCCGUUCCAGAAGGGCCAGUUGCCGCUGAUGGGGUCGUGGGGACAGGGCGCGUAUCAGCAGCCGAUGACCCCGUCGACACCGCUUUCGUCGACUGCAGUGACGCCGCUGACAGCCAGUAAUGUCCCGCUGAGCACGUUUCAGCUGGAGCAUGGCCCUGCAGGACCGGCGCUUCUGCCUGGGGUGGCGGCGCCACCCGGAUUUGGAGGGUUCAUGGCUGCUCCGCAGCUGCAGGAGACUGAGUGGAACUACAUAGACCAGGCGGGACAAAUCCAGGGCCCGUUUACGUCAGGGAUGAUGGACUCGUGGUAUGCGCAGCGGUUCUUUAUGCAGACUCUUCAGAUCAAAAUGAGUAGCAACCGGCUCAAUCCGCUGGGCCUGGAUGAGAACGUCUUUAUAACCCUGAUGGGACUGAUAUCGAAGGUGAACGAUUUCAUCGAGCCGUUUAAGAGGUUCGACGUGAUAUGCUGGCAGUUCCAGCAGCAGCUACAGGCCCACGAGCAACCGCAGAUGCAGACGCCCAUUACUUCGCCGGAGUCAGUCCACCCGCAUUCCGGCUGGCAACCUACGCAACGUGCGCGACCGCUGGCGCGCAUUGAUCAGCACGACUACACUUACGAAGAAAUGAUGCAGAUUCGGGAUAACGAUGGGGGACGAUACCAGGAAGUAUCUGUAGUCAUUCCGAUCUCAAAAACGGUGAAAAAGCUUACGGACGAGGAGUAUAGCAUUGAGUGGGACGCGCAUAAUGUUAAAAUGACUAUGCGCCAGGAGGCGUUGGAGCGCGAGGCGCAAAUGAAAGCAAAGGCAGAGGCGGAAGAGGAGCAGCGCCGGCAGCAGGAGGAGAGACCAGAGGGGACCAUGCACUUACAGAUUGCAGACCAGCAGCCCUCCCAAGAGAAGACACAGCCACAGCAUCUGCAAAAGCAGCCAGCCGCGCGAGAGCCUCUGCAAGAUGUAUCUGCGCCUGUGCCUGCAAGACCGAUAGAGGCCGAACAUGAGCCAGAAGUAGCCGCCGCUAAAAGAAUGGAGGCACCCGUACAGCAAGCAGCGGCACAGAGAAACACACAACAAUUCGAGACCACUUUGGUACUGGAAUCUUCGGCAGAGCUAGAUUAUCAUACCAGAGCACCAGAGGCUGAAGCCCCUUACGACGCGUCUGUGGUGGACACGAAGCCCAAGGAGGCGCCAGCAAAGCGCGAGAUCAAGGCGAAACCUGCCCCAUGGGCGAACAAGACGCCGGCCCCAGUGGAGGGACCCUCUCUGAUCGACAUCCAGAGAAAGGAAGAGGAGAAGAAGAAGAAGCGUGAACAAGAGCUACUGUUGAAGAACCGCAAACAGGCGCUGAAGCUUCAACAGGAUCUUCUGAAAGAAGAGCAACCAUCCAUUAGCAUAACAACUGUCGCCUCGUGGGCGAGCAAGACUAAGCCCGCAGAUGUCAUCAAGGCCGUGAAAGACUUUGACGAGACUUACCAGGCGCAGAUGAAGGAGAAGGAGUUUAUCGAGGAGCAGAAGCGGCUGUGGGAGAAGGCCCAGAAGAUUUACAAGACACAGAAGACGGCUGCGAAGCCCGCAGAGAGCGAGUGGACCAAGGUUAGCAGUGCGAAGCAGACUCAGCCGAAAAUUGUCCCGAAGGCUUUGCUGCAGCCGGCCACCUACACCAGCCCAGACAAGCUGCGCGCUGUCAGCGCCAGCAGCGCCGUCCCCCGUGUUCCAAGCAAGAAGUCCACUCUCUCGAUCAGUUCUUUAUCGGCGGCUGCCAAGCAGCCCGCCAUUGCAUACGGCGGCAACGCCUCGACCUCCGCCCGCCAGGAGUUCUUGAGGUGGUGCCGCUCCCAGAUGAAGCUGCUCCCAGGCGUCGAAAUAAACAGCGUGCUAGAGAUGCUGCUUUCGUUGCCUGCCGGGACAGAGUCGCAGGAAAUCAUCGCAGACACAAUCUAUUCUAACAGCUCCAUCAUGGACGGCCGCCGCUUCGCGGCGGAGUUCAUCAAGCGCCGUAUCGAGUGCGAGAAAAAGGUAGUCGACCCGCUGACCUGGAGCCAGGCGCUGUCUCUGCCCGAUGGCGAUACCGACGACUGGGAGUUCCAGGUCGUCGGCAAGAAGAAAGGUAGAAGACACUAG